AUGGUCUUUCUCCCACCAGCUACGGCGGGCGAGCUGGCCCCAAUUCCCGACAACAUUCCCAUCAGCGAAUUUAUGCUGAAUGAGAAAUAUGGCCGUCACCCGGCUGGCCAGUCGAGAGAUCCGUACACCUGCGGACUCACGGGGAAAUCCUACUCCGUUCCCCAGGUUACUGAACGAGUCGAUCUUCUGGCGCGGGCGCUUGCCAAAGAGUUGAACUGGGCACCAAACAGCGGUACCGAAUGGGACAAGACUCUGGCAAUUUUCAGCUUGAACACUGUUGACACGCUGCCCUUAUCCUGGGCUGUCCAUCAGCUUGGCGGUGUCGUGUCACCGGCCAAUGCGGCAUAUUCAGCGGCUGAAUUGAAGCAUCAGCUGCUUGACUCCAAGGCAAAGGCGUUGUUUACAUGCGCUCCCCUGCUUCCUACAUCUCUGGAAGCCGCCGCAAUGAUCGGCCUCCCGAAGGAUCGGAUUUAUUUGCUGGAAGUACCGCCCCAGGCCGGAGGUGGAAAGGAAGCUGGAUUGGGCUUCAAGACCAUGUCUCAAUUGAUAGAGAUUGGGAGAUUGCUUCCCAAAGUGGAAAAUUUGAAUUGGGGCGCGGGUGAGGGCGCUCGUAGAACCGCUUUCCUGUGUUACUCCAGUGGAACGUCGGGUCUGCCUAAAGGAGUCAUGAUCUCUCACCGCAACGUCAUCGCGAAUACCUUGCAAAUUACAGCGUCCGAGAAAACAUGGCGGGACUCCCUGACUCCAACUGGCGGACCGCGAUACACCGAUAUCGCACUGGGUCUGCUGCCCUACAGUCACAUCUAUGCGCUGGUGGUUAUUUGCCAUUCAGGGCCUUUCAGAGGCGAUCAAGUCAUUGUCCUGCCGAAAUUCGAGCUCAACUCGUAUCUCUCUGCAAUUCAACAGUUCAAGAUCACGUCUCUCUUCUUGGUCCCUCCAAUCAUUAUUACCAUGCUGCGAAACCAGGACGUUUGCUCCAGGUUCGACUUGAGCUCGGUCACAUCGUUAUUCACAGGUGCAGCACCAUUAGGAAUGGAGACGGCGGCAGAUUUCAAGAAGAUCUAUCCGAAAGUCAUAGUUCGUCAGGGCUACGGUCUCACGGAGACGUCGACUGUCGUUUGCUCAACCCAUCCCACAGACGUCUUCCUCGGCUCAUCCGGCACCUUGCUGCCUGGUGUUGAGGUACGCAUCAUGACCCCUGAGGGCAAGGAGAUAACCAGCUACGACACACCUGGUGAACUCGUCGUUCGCAGCCCAAGUGUGGUUUUGGGUUACUUGAACAAUGAGAAAGCUACCAAGGAAACAUUCGAGGACGGAUGGAUGCGCACCGGUGAUGAAGCUGUCGUUCGGGUAAGCCCGAAGGGUACGGAACAUAUCUUCAUCGUCGAUCGAAUCAAGGAGUUGAUCAAGGUCAAGGGCCUACAAGUCGCUCCAGCGGAGCUAGAGGCUCAUCUGCUCACCCACCCAGCAGUCGCAGACUGCGCCGUGAUCGCUAUUCCGGACGAGGCCGCCGGUGAAGUGCCCAAGGCCAUUGUGGUCAAGUCUGCCUCCGCUGGCAAUGACGAUGAAGCUAUUAUCCAAUCUAUCAAGAAGCAUGUGGAGUCCCACAAAGCUAGACACAAAUGGCUCAAGGGAGGAGUCCGCUUCAUCGAUGUUAUUCCCAAGAGCCCGAGCGGCAAGAUUUUGCGCCGAAUGCUCCGUGACCAGGAGAAGGAGUUGCGGAGAAAGGCUGGGGCCAAGUUAUAA